AGUGACGCUUAGCGAAUCGAGCGAAAGACGGGGAGAUUACUUUUUUGUCACGAUUUCGCGGUGUGAUAAGUUGAAUUUUUCAUAUUGUGUAAUUAACACGAUGCGAUCCGUGACCGAACGAAUAAUGGUGCUUCUAAUUCAUUGUAGUGCGGUUCGUAUCUUCGAAUAACGUGGUUGGCGAUCUCGAAAGGGUCCCUCUCUCAGGCGGAAGAACUACGAUUUUAUCAUACAUGACGACAACGGAUGUCCGGAGUAAUCGAUCUUCUGUUUGAUUGCUUCUUUCUCGAAUUGUGAGGAGUCGCGUUGAGGAAAGAAUGCCAUGCGGAAGGCCAAAGAUGAUCGUAUCAAGAUCACGACGCAUCAUUUUCGCAUCAGUAUCGAGGAGGAGGAUGACGAUGAGAAGAAGGAGGAGGAUGAAAAUUCGAGCAGAGAUACAGAGAGAGGAAUCUCGAUCACCAUCGAAGCGGAUUCUGUGAUAACCGGAGAGGAUGAAAAUGUGAGCGAACAAUCGUUUUCUAUAAAAAAUGAAUCGAAAGAGUCAUUGGAAAGCUGUGAUCGUGAAAAGCUCGAUCGAAAUCAGAGCCACGAAUCCAAGACGUCGAGUGAUUCGAAAGAGAACGAUUUUGAUCGAGAAUUUCUCUCGAAAAAUGCCAGAGAUGAAAUCUCGACGAGCGCGGACCAGAAAGAGAGGCCGGAGGUUAUUCGUUCUAGGAGACACUCGGUGGAGUAUGAACAUGCAAAUUCGAUGAAACACAUAGAUUAUAGUUUCGCAUCGAGUUCUCUUCCUUCUACCAAACUUUUCCAGCCAAGGGAUACAGUUUACGAUCCACCGGUUGCAUUCGAGAUUCCUAGAUCGAACAGCGAAACGCAAUCGUCGAGUUUAACGAGGAUAGCGAAUCCAUCGAAUGAAGAAAUACACUCGGUGAUAAAUACAGAGAUACAAGAAAACAUGGUACUAACCCAACGAAACAGGAGUUCAUCCGUUUCAGGUUCGCCAUUAUUGAUCAGAAGAUGCUACAAAAUCAGAUCCACCGUUUCUAGAUCAUCCAGUUUGAACGAAAGUUCCUCCGUAUCGAAGGACGAGGAUCCAUCUACGAUGGAUCGUCCGAGUGACUCUCAGAUCGAGGAAAUAAAAACAACCCGAAGACGGACACUGCCAACGAUCGAUGGUAAUCCUUCGGAAAACGCACCUAAAUCGCCGACUUACGAAGAUAUAAUAUCAGGGACCGGUGUGAAUCCUAUCAGACGAUCGAGUAUCGCUAACGCGGCUAUUUGCUCGAGUUUAGCACCGAGUUUGGUCAGCGCUUAUCCAGGUAUUCCAAACUGCUUAUUACCAGCUGGUGAGAACGAAUCGUCGAGGAACGAACAAGAAGCUGGAUCGAGCGGGAUAAACGGACGGAGAUUAAGAUUGCCUUUUCUUAAAAUACACAUACCCGCGCAUCAACCGGCGACCAGCUGGGAGGAGGAACGAUUUAAUCAUUCGUAUUAUCAUCACCAUCAUCAUCAUCAUCAUCACCAUCACGUGUUCCCGCAUUUUCACGUACCCACCAUCACGUUCACCGCGCCAGCCACCGAUGGUGAAACUGGCCGAAAAUUCAACUUUGGAAUUCACAGGCAUUCGCAGCCGACCUUGCACCGGACUGACUCGAUGGUAUCUCUCUGCUACCGAUCUCUUGCCAGCUAUAUCACAGACGAUAAUCUUGCUGGUCUGCAAAAUUUUCUCGAGAAUAAAAGAGUACAAAUCGAUGAUCGAGAUGAGAAUGGUAGCACAGCCCUCAUCCUUGCAGCAACUAAAGGAAAGAUCCAUUUUGUGCGGGAGCUUAUCAAUCAUGGAGCAGAAGUUAACGCAGAGGAUGGGGAUAAUUGGACGGCGUUACUUUGCGCCGCCAAAGAGGGUCACACCGAUGUUUGCCUCGAGUUACUCGAGCAUGGUGCCGACUUGGAACACAGAGACAUGGGAGGAUGGACGGCACUUAUGUGGGCGACGUACAAGGGUAGGUCACCAACGGUGACGAUGCUACUAGCUCGAGGAGCUGACGUCAAUGCACACGGGAAUUUUCAUAUAUCCUCGUUGUUGUGGGCUGCGGGCAGGGGUUACCCUGACAUUGUUAAAGACCUUAUUGCUCAUGGUGCUAAAGUGAAUGUCGGUGACAAGUAUGGCACUACGGCUCUUAUAUGGGCAUCCCGUAAAGGACACGUAGAGAUUGUAGACGCUUUAUUAAAAGCUGGUGCUAACGUUGAUACUGCUGGCAUGUAUUCAUGGACUGCACUUUUGGUGGCCACCCUUGGCAAUCACGUAGACGUGGUGCUACUCCUUUUGGAGCACAAACCAAACGUGAAUGCUCUUGAUAAAGAUGGUUGCACAGCUCUUGCGAUAGCUUGUCGAGAAGGGCAUCAUGAAAUAGCAAACGCUCUCUUAAACGCUGGUGCUUACGUGAACAUUCAAGAUAGAUCCGGAGAUACAAAUUUAAUUCAUGCUGUAAAAGGUGGUCAUAGAGGAGUGGUGGAAUCUCUUUUGAAGAAGUACGCUGACGUAGACAUUGCCGGAAAGGAUAAGAAAACAGCAACUUAUAUUGCAGUUGAAAAAGGCAAUAUACCGAUAUUAAAACUAUUAUUAAACGCCAACCCAGAUUUGGAGAUUGCGACGAAAGACGGUGAUACACCGUUACUACGGGCGGUUAGGUCGCGAAAUGCAGAAAUAGUACAAUUAUUGCUAGACAAGAAGGCUAAAGUUUCAGCUACCGACAAAAAGGGUGACACUGUGCUUCAUAUAGCUAUGCGUGCACGAUCAAAAGCUAUCGUCGAGAUACUAUUAAGAAAUCCGAAAAACAGUCAACUACUUUACCGUCCAAAUAGGCAAGGCGAGACCCCGUACAACAUCGACAUCAAUCAUCCAAAGACAAUUCUUGGACAAAUAUUCGGUGCACGACGUCUUAAUACUAACGAAGAUAAUGAAAAUAUGCUUGGUUAUGAUUUAUACAGUAGCGCAUUAGCAGACAUUCUUAGCGAACCGUCGCUCUCAACGCCUAUAACUGUUGGCCUCUAUGCAAAGUGGGGUUCUGGCAAAUCUUUUUUGUUAAACAAAUUGAGAGAGGAAAUGAAAAAUUUUGCUCGUCAAUGGAUAGAUCCCGUGUUUCAAUUUUCUUUCUUAUUGUUCGCAGUAGUAACUCACGUAUCUUUGUUAGUGGGUACUACGAUAGGUCUUGCCUUGCAAUCGUGGAUCGUUGGUCUUGCAUCUGGUUUAAGUCUUAUUGUCGUUACGUACACCUUCUUAAUACUUGUCUGGUAUGCCAACAAAAGGUACGAUUGGUACUGGCCGUACAACUUCACCGUAGCUCUGACGACAAAGUUGAAUUCAUUGAAGCUACUGUUGCAAGUGAUAUUUUCACAUCCUCCUGGCAGUAGAGUUCACGACGGUGUCACUGUACAGCCGAUAAAGUUUUACUUCACCGAUCAAACCCGAGUCGGUACAACUGCCGCUGGAGAAAACGCGGUGGUACAAAUGGUGGGAUCUCUUUACGAUUCUAUUGAGAACGACUUCGGUUCUUUAUCCACAAGAUUGUACAGGGCGUUCAGACCGAAACCUGAUAAAUCAACUACAACAUGGAAAUGGAGACACCUUUGUUGCUUACCAUACAUAGUAAUAUUCGAAUUUUGCUUUUGCAGUUUGCUCGUUGGUAUAUCUGUACUUACAGUCUACCUCAUCGAUAUUUCUAGUAGCGAGCCAACAAUUGAGAGAGUUACUGCACACAUCAUAAUGAUAACCGUUGCCUUAAUACUAGCCGUUAGUAUAAUAGCAAACCUGUACACGUGGAGCCGAACGUUGCAAGCGCUUGUAUUCUCCCAAAGGCGUCAUCUUCAACGUAGCAUUUCUAAGUUGGAGACGUUAAAGAGUGAAGGGUUUAUACAAACGUUAAAGAGCGAGGUUAAUUUAAUGACCGAAAUGGUCAAGUGUUUAGACAGCUUCAUGGCUCAACAAAGCAGAUUAGUAAUAAUUGUGGAUGGUUUAGACAGUUGUGAACAAGACAAAGUGUUGUUAGUUUUAGAUGCGAUACAAGCAUUGUUCAGUGAUAAUGGUUAUCCAUUCGUUGUCAUAUUAGCAAUUGAUCCGCAUAUUAUUGCCAAGGCAGUGGAAGUCAAUAGUAGAAGAUUAUUUACAGAAUCUAAUAUCGGAGGUCAUGAUUAUUUACGCAAUAUGGUACACCUUCCGUUUUAUUUACAAAAUAGUGGUUUAAGGAAGGUGAAAGUUGCUCAACAAACUGCUCAGCACAGCAGAAAAACCACGUGGACCGAAGCCGAAGAGAGCGUUAAUUAUACCACAACGAGUACAAUGCAUCAUUCUGUAUCCAACAGAAGGCUUAGCACAGAGUCUGGUAUAAUGAACAGCAACGAAAAACUGAAGCCGCAAAGUAGAAAGGGCAGUAGAAAGUUACGAUUAAGCGAAUCGAUCGCGAGUAGUAUCGGUAGCAAUUUGAAUCGAUUGGGUGGCGCCCAAGAUCUUAAUAAAAUGCUCCUUACCGACGAUUAUUUCAGCGACGUGAAUCCUCGUAGCAUGAGAAGAUUGAUGAACGUUGUCUAUGUUACUGGGAGAUUGUUAAAAGCAUUCCAAAUUGAUUUCAACUGGUAUCAUUUAGCUAUUUGGAUCAACAUCACCGAACAAUGGCCGUUUAGAACGUCUUGGUUAAUACUCCAUUACGAUAUGUACGAAGAAACUUUAGACGAUAACAUGUCCCUGAAAAGUCUUUACGAUAAGAUACGACCUCAGAUUCCGGUACUUAGGGAAGUUCAACCUCUUUUAGAGAUGGACAGAGACGAACGCAAGUUGGAUAUUUUCUUAACUUUUCAUCGUUCCAGCUUACUCGUCAGUGAUAUGAAAGUAUUCUUACCGUUUACGAUUAAUCUUGAUCCUUAUAUUAAGAAGAAGAUAAAAGAAGAACAACAGAGCAUAGAAGAGGAAGCAGCGCUUGGACCGUACAAGCAAUACAGCCCUUGGACGUUACACGGAAAUGGCCACGAACAAUUGGGUAAAAGUGGAUUGACAAAUCGAAAUGUGAAAUUCGUCAGAACGCCUAGUUUGCAAGGACCCAUUCCGCCUGUACCAUCGACACCAUCCUGGUGUGUUCAACCAACGUUCGAUUGGCAGCCUUCUCCUUGGAUGCAAAUGCCUCCACUUCCUCCUCCGCCGCCUUCCAUGGAACCUAAGAUUAAACCACUUUCUGCAACUACAACUUUACCGUCCGAAAUUUUGGAGACGAGGCUUUCUUCCUUAUCAGUUAAUGGUGUUUGUGAUCUUAUCGAUAGAAUCGAAAGUUUGAGUUCCCAUCAUGCACCGCAGUACAAACAAGUUGUCAAAGAAAAUAAUAUUAAUGGUAGAGUUUUAUUACACUGUGACUUACAAGAGUUGAAGAAAGUUCUAAAAAUGGCAUUUGGGGAUUGGGAAUUGUUUCGUAUGGUUCUUGUAUCGCUUAGGGAAAUAGAACUUUCGUCUUUUAGUACGCACGAAGAAGCUUCCCGAAGCGUACGAUUUACUGUGGGUUCAGAACAAAUUCAGCGGAAAGAUCACGCUUUGCAAAGUACUUCGAUACGUGUACCAGCACAUGUUGAAAAAGAGAAAGGAAACUCGAGAACCGAUGGCGCACCCAGACGAGAUCAAACUAAACAGUCUAUUAUGGAGAAACAAUUUCAGGUGACCCUGGAGGAACAAAUGAUAUGCGGAGCGCUGCAAACGUUAAACGAAGAAGCUUGCGAAGAUGUAUUAGAUGUACCAUCUUCUACGGUAGUAUCAACAGACUCACUCCCAGGAUCUAACUCAGCGGCUCCUCAAGACACAGAUUAUGUGAUUCUUCAAUCUAAUCCACUUCUCCACUGGGUACCGGUUACCGACGAGCUUGAAACGUCGGACGAUAGUUCGUUCGAGUCCACAGUUCAUCUUCAACGUACAAAUUCGCAACGUAGUAUCACGUCUCAGCACAGUACCAGAUCAGCCUGUUCGUUUGGACGUAAAGAUAUGAGAAAAGGUGGAGGAAAUUCCAACAGUAGUAGACCUGUAUCUCUCGUUGUAUCUCCGCCGCCUUCUCCUAGACCUGCCUUUAGAUCCAAGUCAACAGAUGAGAAUUACGUAGCUAAUAACAUACCUAUGAGGUCGACUAUAUCAACACCGAUGAAGAAACGACGUUCCACGUCGACGUUAAACGAUGAGAUAGUUUUAUCGGUUCCCGUACCGAAUUCCAGCCUAGAGAAACUAACGAAAUUAAAAGAUCGUUUAAUGGGAACGUUACCUGUUUCCCCUGCACCAGGAGAGAGCGAAGAUGAAUCUACACCAUUAGUAUCUGAAUUAUCUACUCCGACUCAUUCCCAAUCCGAUAGCGUGUUCAAACACGAUUGUAGCGAAGAAAAUAGUAGCUCGAUAUCAUCUAAUAAAAGCUUACCACGAGACGGUGAGAGAUCCGUCGACAUUGUAGAUUAUUCUGAUACUGUUAGCCUAAUGGUGAGAGAGUCUUCCCAGGUACGAUUCUUAUCACGACAAACUGCGGAAGAAUGGGACAAUCCCGAGACACCUGUUUGAUAUCUUUUAUUACACAAUCGUCAGCUCGGUGAUAUAUAAUAUAAUAAUCCAUGGCUAAUAUGUAUAUGCUGCGCCAAUGAUGGAAACAUUAAGUAAAACUGUACUUAAAAUCCAAGGUUUGUGAUAUAUUUUCAAAGGUAGAUACAAUUAUACUGCAGUUGAGAAUUCUACUAUGUAAAUAAUACAUAGCAUUGCGUCGAACUUUUUAGAUAAAAUAUUUACAAGUGUUCAGAAAGAAUAAAUUUUACUUUUAAAUGAUAUCGAGAAUGACGCAAACCGUUUGCGGUAUGUUAGAGUUUUAAUUGUAAGAAGGGACAUGUGUAUUGGCAAAUAACAUUCCAUUAUAAUUUUAGCGCAUUUAUCGAUGCGAAUGUCAGUUCUUUGUGAAAGUAGAGACUGACGUAAAAACAGAAAAUAUUUUUUUUAUUUUACCUUAUUGUAAACGUUUUCAUGCCGCUUGAUUGAUUUGUGUCUGUUGAGGAUGUAGCUGGUAAUGCAAUGCUUCAAACGGAUAAACUUUUAAAUAUUUUAUCACGCUGUAGAUAGGUAUGAAAUAAACGAUAAUAAAGAAAUGUUAUCGUUUCUUUGAUACAGACUAUCACUCAUUUUUCAUACUGGUACAACUUGUCAGACAUAUAUAUAUAUAUUGUAACGAACAAACUAAUGCCGCUGAUUUAUAACUGAUACGAGAGAUAACAUGUUUUGUGUUUAGAAAUACUCGUAUCAGCGAGAUAAAAUACUUUGUAAUGUUUUCAAUAUUAUAGCUGUAGAUUGACAUUUUUCCUGUGACAACAGGAAUGUUGUUAAAUAAUUAGUUACCAGUUUUUUAAAUUAUUUGUAACGUUUUAAUUUUAAUUGUACGAAUACUUAAAGUUUUAGUGAGAAUUUUUUAUAAACUUACAAGGAACAUUAACAACUUAUACCAGUACUUUGAUCUUUAUUAACGUAAACUUUACAAAUGUUUGUAAUGUAAACGAAUUACGAAUCUUAGAAAUUAUAAAAAAGAAGGUCCUAUCAUUUUAGCUUUAUUGUAAAUGAUUCAAUGCCUAUUUCAUAAUAUAUGUAGAACAGGAUGGGAAAAUAAACCAUCAAAAGAUUUACAGAAUUUUAAAGUACUUUUUUAUUAUAAAGCAAAAAUUAUAUAUAUAUAACAGUGUGUAUAUAUAAUACUUUAGGACGGAAUACAUUAGGGUAUUAGUUAAUAUUAGAUUGUAAACACAGGUAAUACAUAUAUUAGGUUUUCAAAUAAUAGUAUUAUAUGUACUUUGCUUAUUAAUAUUAAAUAUAAUAUAUUUAAAUACAUAAAAUGUCAAACUACUUUCGUAAAUGCUCGUACAUGGAAUACAAUAAGUACUUCAACAGCCUUUUACAUAUAUUUCAUCCAGGCAGGUCAUAUAUUUUAUAAUUUACUUUCCAUAAUUUGUUCAGCUGUCCUUUAAAUAAAUUACAAAUAACAAAUUCAGUAAUACAAUAAACUUCGUCAGAUCUUCGCAAUGAAAUUCAGAUGUUUCAAAUUUAUACAAUGAAUCUAAGAAACAUAUAUAUUUUUUCUAAGAAAAUUCCUUAAGCUAUUUUGAUUUUUACAAUUAAGUUUCCGCAGUUUAUUGUAUUACUUAUUAAAAAAAAAGAUAACUUUUAUAAAAUACUGAUAUGUCAGUUACAAAACAUCACAUCUACAGAAACAAUAAAAAUUACAAGGACGAAAAAUAUUUCAGUGAUACAAUGCUAUUACACAGUACAAUAAAGCAUGCAAUACCGUAUUAUAAAUACAUAUAAGUUUACAAAAAUUUCAAUUCAUUCAUAUGGAAAUGUAUCACUGAUUGCGAGUAAUAUAAUAGAUCAUUUUUAUGAACUAAUUGUACUAUAUCAAUAAUAAUGUACAUAUUUCUGUGGUUAAAGGUAUUUUCAACAACAAAACGUUUUUAUAGUAGUUAAAAAACUUAAUCAAUAGGAAUGAAUAUAAACUUGAUUAGCCUUUUUUUUUCUACUUAUCAUUAAAGGCACUAUGGCAAGUAGGAAAUACUAUCUCAGAAAUUUUAAACACUUUCAAUUGCGAAUGAUCAGCAAUAUGUAAAGUUUGUUCAAUUAUGCAUAAAUAUACAAUUAAGCGAGAAAUGAGAACAUAAUUCGAUGUCUUAAUUUUUGUAGGAGCACCACAGAUAUCUUUUUUUUACCAUGUAUGUUCUUAUUAAUAUUGACAGGGUGCGAAAACACUUCUCUCUUUGUAAAAUUAAACUAUCCUAUUUAACAAUAAAUGCAGAACACAAUUAAAUAACAUGGCAGACUAUGAUUAAAAAUGCAUAAACAGAAAUUAAUAGAUAGUAAAUGCAUAAACACGAAGUAAUAUUUCUGCAUAAUUACUGAAUCCAAAGGAAUGUUGUAACUUUCGCGUAUUACUUUUAUAAUAUUUAAGAGUAUCGACGUUGUUAUUACAUAUGUAAUAUUAUGUAUACGAUUUUAUAAAAGUUUGUUCUGAG